GGGUAACAUGAAAGAGGAAAUGAAGGGUUACGUUAAUGUUUUUGUUUAAAAUUUAAAUGAUUUUAUAAGAAAAGGACGGAUCAAAACUCCGUUCACAACGCUAGGCGGUUACGCACAAAUCUCUCUCGCUCUCUCCCCAACGUGCUUCCAUAUAAAUAGCCCCCACCAAUUCCAGCGCCCUCCAAUUUCCGAAACUUCUCAGCGCCAAAAAUCAAAAUUAAACACAGUGUGGUGAACGGAGCUAAAUCGAGAGCUCUCCGUGGUGCUCUAUUCGACCUAGCCGCUCACGGACCACUUCACUGCCGCCGUCUAUCGUAUUGGAAUUCCGGCCGUUUAUUCAAAAUGAUAGGAGCACUAAUCACCAGAGGACUCACUAUGAUUUUGGGCUAUGCCUAUCCUGCUUAUGAGUGCUACAAAACUGUUGAAACCAGCCAGCCGGAGAUUGAGCAGCUUCAUUAUUGGUGCCAAUACUGGAUUCUGGUGGCUAUAUUGACAAUCCUCGAGAGAGUUGGCGAUUCUUUUAUUUCUUGGUUUCCGUUCUAUGGCGAAGCAAAGUUGGCAUUCUUCGUUUAUCUAUGGCAUCCAAAAACUAAGGGAGCAAACCAUGUGUAUGAUUCGUUUUUCAGACCAUAUAUUUCAAAACACGAGCCUGUGAUUGACCGCAGCUUGUCGGAGAUGAAACUGAAGGCUAGUGAUGCUGCUUUUCUCUACGUUCGAAGAGCCGCUUCCUACUUUCAAACUACUCUCUUUGAUAUCUUUUCUAAGUUCAAUACUUCUAAUCCAUCAACCACGGCUCCUCCUCCUCCCAAGCCGCAGAAGCAACCAUCAAAGAAAGAGAAAGAGGAAGAAGAAGAAGAAGAAGCGAAAGACAAAUGAGAUGGCAGUGGAGGAAGGAAAAUAUUCAGAAAGAAAAAUAAUAAUAAUUACACGAAUUCACUUCCAAUUUCCAAUAAAAUGGACUGAAAUUGGAAGAAAAGCAAUUCCAGAAGAAAACUCCAUACUGUAAAACUAUAUUAUCAAUCCAAAUAACGAUAACUGUAAUUAUGAAGACCAAAUAUAUAUUAGAAACUUCUUUAUCA